AUGGCUGACCCAACGCUUCUCACGAUAAAAGUUCACCACCACGGCAACACCCACCCGAUCACCCUCCCCAAAGACGCAACCCUCCAAGACCUCGCGACAAUCCUCGCCUCAAACUUUCACAUCCCUAUUGAGAAUCAGAAGCUUCUUAUCGCGCCAAAACCAGGCAUGCUGAAAGCGCCCUUUACAUCAACUUACCUAUCAGAGCUCCUCCCGCUUGACUCUCCCAAACUGAAGAUUACGCUCCUCGGCACCCCAGCAAAGGAGAUAGAAAGCCUAAACAUCCAAGCUGCCGAGACGCGCCGAAGAGACGAGAGACGAGCCGCUGCUCAAGCUGAAGCUCGGGCGCACAGUCGCAUUUCACCUCCAACCCGUUCAGGCGGCAUUCACACCCUCUCCUCCACCAGUGCCAGCAACAACUACACUUUCCACACCCUUAAGCCACUUCCCUACCUUCCUAACCCCGCCCGCAGCCUCCAAUUCCUCACACGCCUACGUGACGAUCCAGGCAUUAGGUCCGCAAUGGCAAAACAUCGCUUCUCCGUGCCGCUCUUGACAGAAAUGGACCCCGCUGAACACACAACCUCCGAAUCGCGCACGCUCGGCCUAAACCGCAACAAAGGCGAGGUUAUUGAGCUGCGUCUCCGCACAGAUGCUUACGACGGGUACCGCGAUUAUCGGACGAUAAGACGUACGCUGUGCCAUGAGCUUGCGCACUGUGUGUUUAGCGACCAUGAUCGCGAUUUCUGGGACCUCACUAAGCAAAUAGAGGGGGAGGUGGAGAGGGGCGAUUAUAGGAGCGGGGGAAGGAUGGCAGGGGGAGACGAGUUCUAUAAUCCCAGUGAUUGGGAGGUGGAAAGAGAAGGCGGCCAUGUUGUAGAUGGGGGUGGUGUUGUGGGGAGUUCGCAGGUCCUUGGGGGUAACAGUCAGGUUGGUGCUAGUGGUGGGGGCAUGAGGGAGGUUCUUGCGAGGGCGGCGGAGGAAAGGGCUAGGAGGGCGAAGGAGGAGAAGAGGGAUGGUUCUUCCUGAUGGCGUUUGUCAUGACUUUGCUUGUACUUCAUUUUUAGCCUUAUACCC